AAGGCGCGUUCACGACAUAACAGGAAGUCAGGAGGACACUACGAGCAGACGACACAGAGGGAAAAACUUGAAAGCUAAUUUCUGAACAUCAAACUUCAGGGUAUAUUUUAAAGAUGUCCUCAGGUGCUCUCUUUCCAAGCUUGGUCAGUGGCUCGAGGGGAAGCUCCAGCAAGUACCUGGUGGAGUUUCGUGCUGGCAAAAUGACCCUGAAGGGGAACACCGUUACACCUGACAAACGCAAAGGCAUGGUGUACAUCCAGCAGUCUGACGAUUCCCUGAUUCAUUUCUGCUGGAAGGACAGGACCACGGGGAAUGUGGAUGAUGACCUGAUAAUCUUCCCUGAUGACUGUGAAUUCAAGAGAGUUAACCAGUGCACCACUGGCCGUGUCUACGUGUUAAAGUUCAAGGCUGGGUCCAAGAGGCUGUUUUUCUGGAUGCAGGAGCCAAAAACUGACAAAGAUGAUGAGUACUGUCGCAAGGUGAAUGAAUAUUUGAACAACCCUCCCAUCCCUGGAGCACCUGGCAGCGGAGGUGGCAGCGGUCAUGAACUCUCUGCCCUCGGAGGAGAGGGAGGGCUCCAAAACCUGCUGGGAAACAUGAGCCACAACCAGCUGAUGCAGUUAAUUGGACCGACGGGGUUGGGUGGACUGGGAGGCCUGGGAGCUUUAGCAGGACCAGGACUUGCCAACCUGUUGGGCAGCGGAGGACCAGCCACCAGCAGCUCUUCAUCCAGCUCUCGUAGCCAAUCUACAGCAGCCACUCUUUCCUCGAGUGGAGCUCCCAGAUUGAGCUCGUCUCAGACACCGACCAACCCUGCACCCCCUGCUGCUUCAGCUCCCUCCUCCACUGGUGCUUCUCCAUCCACUCCAGCCUCAGCUCAGACACCAGUGGCCCCAGCCUCUGUUGGAAGCCCUACCGCCCACCAGCCCAUCCAGCUUAGUGACCUUCAGAGCAUUCUCGCCACCAUGAAUGUCCCAGCAACGGCUGCUCAGGGAACAGCAGUGGAUCUAGCAAGUGUUUGUACCCCUGAGAUGAUGGCUCCCAUCCUGACUAAUGCUGAAGUCCAGCAGAGGCUCCUUCCCUUCCUGCCGAGUGGAGAGAGUUUACCUCAGAGUGCUGAGGAGCUCCAGAACACACUCAACUCACCUCAGUUCCAGCAGUCGAUGAGUAUGUUCAGCAGUGCCUUGGCCUCGGGGCAGCUCGGCCCUCUCAUGAGUCAGUUUGGUCUACCAGCAGAGGCUGUGGAUGCUGCUAACAGGGGAGAUGUGGAGGCGUUUGCCAGAGCCAUGCAGGGCAGCAAGGGCGACUCCAAAGAGAAGAAAGAGGAUGACGAGGACAUGAGUCUGGAUUAGAGCCUGAUGCGCAGCAUCUUGGCUAAAUCCGAUUCCAUGUCACUAUUUUUUAAUCUUUACCUCCAUUUCCUCUGCGUUGUCUUAUCCUUUCCUGCACCGAAGGCAACGUUCCUACUCAGGACAAACGCAACGUGAGCAGGGCUAACGUCGUCCCACUCGACCGCUUCGUUUUCUUCGCCAUCAUCGGGCGAUUGUGUCGGGAUUCAGCCUUAACUUUUCUUUUUAGUUACAGGACACAGAGUGAGUCCCGACACCUCCAGACUGCUUUUGUUCAUCAACUCCUGGUUAAAAGUAAUAAAAUAUAACUCACUGCUUGA